AUGUCGCGCGACGGCAAUGUGUCCAGCACUCUAAAGGAGGUCACAGAGGAGAAUUUUCAAGUGGCAGGAGCCGUCGACGGUCUACUACUUGAUUUGAUUUCACCCACGGUCGGACUCUUGCGGUCCUCGAAGGCGAAAUGCGAUGUUCGUCACGUCGCGCUGGAGAGGUUCGUCAGUUUUUCUGAGGGGGAAGGGGGAGUCGUGGUUGGAAAAGAAGAGAUUCGGAAGUGGGGAUGGAAUGGAAGCUGGGACACGUUUGGAGACGGCGCUGGAGGCUUGCCCGUGCCCAUGAUUACGGCUUUAUUCUUGGAGACCAAAGCACCAAUCAAAACCAUUGGCAUCUUUGCCAUCAAAGUCAUCAAGAGCAGGAGCUCAUAUCGUUUGCUGAGGUCGGGUGCCCAAGCUUCUUUCGAGAUGAUGGUUCCACCGCCGAGAUUGGCCAGAGCACCUUUCCACAUUGGCGUCGCCGGCCCGGACAUCAACGGGGAGAGCAAAGAUCUUUGUUGUCACGCCCACCCGCAAUUAUUUCUGCCAGUCUUCAUAUUGUUCUCAUCCACAUCCUUCCCCGGCAACACAACUCUGUUAAUCAGAGCUGAAGUUGCCGGCAGACACUUGUCAAUAAUACCACACAUACGAUUAAAUCAAUUUUACGUGAUAGUCGGGAUACAUAAUCACACCAUCUGCCUUUGCUGUGGACGAGCGGAAGCCUCGUUCUACUUCAUGUUCUACGGAUACGUGACCAGUGAGGGUCGAGAACGCAGUUUUGAUUGGUCGAAUGCCACACCUGCGGCGGGUUACGGAGCCUCGGAGCUGACGGGAGAUGCGCGAGACAGGGCUCGGAGGAGAGCAACAACUUGCAUCAACAAGUCCUCCAUUGACUUUGGCUCCGGGCGGAUACUUGCCAAUGGCAACAGGAGCGCAAGCGCUGAGUCCGGACAUGCUCUUUGGCGAGGGCCAAAUCUUAUCCCUUCUGAAGUUCAACCGUCGUCCAGUCUCACCGUGAGGCGCAUUGUCCUUGGCUACCUUACCUUACCGCCGGGCUACCCACAAAGUCAAGGCUGCGAUGUUGUGUUCAACAGAUACUUGGAGUUUGGCUUCCGACCUUCGGACGAAGAGCGGAUACUCCGAGAGAAGCCGCCCAGAUAUCCACUUAUCUCGGCUUUUCGCGCGCAAGAACGGGGCGUUGUGAUACGGGAGGUAAAACUGGAGACUGGAGCAACGACAAACUGGAGUGCGCGAUGCAGAUUUUCUGGUGGGGCCGACGAGGGACGCUACGUAAAAAGACGGAGACAGGUUCAGGGAGAUUGA